UAUUCAGUGCCUGAAUACACCAAGACACAGUCAACGGUGCAUAUUAAACUUUUUAAAUCCUCCAUUUUGUAAUCAAACUCCAAGAAUGCAGCGAUUCCCAGGCUACAACCCCAACGCACCCGGCGCUCCCAUGCAGCCCGGAUACCCUCAGCCAGGCUUUGGCCCCCACCCCGGCAUGGGAGGUCCACAGAGGCCCCCCAACCAAGCCGGGCCGUGCUUCGGCAUGGGCCCCAUGCAGGCCCCCCCACAACAACCCGGCUGCUUCAUGCCCGCGGCCACCAUCCGAAAGAUCAGCAACACGACACCACCAGCGCAGUUCUUCCCGCCACCCAAUUAGUUUGGGGAUCGGAUCGGCAGACGAAAUGGAAUCUCGAGCCAGUUGUUUUGAUUUGAUGCUAUAUGCUGGUAGUUUUAAGUAAUUUUAAGGUUUAGUAAUAAAUAUUUUAAUAAUUUA